UGAUUGCGGUCACGUGACGCGGCGGCGCUAGCAUUAGCAGCUGUGCUAGCAGUGCUGUUAGCCCGUUAGCUCCGUGUACCGGCCUCUGUGGAGCUGAUCCGUCUCUGUCGAACCGGGACCGCACCACUCAGACCUGACACCCUCACCGGGGGGACUCUAAAGGCUCCGAGCAGGUUCUGAAUGAUGAAUUGCUCAGGGCGCUGAAGUUCUUAGGUGUCUCAGAACCAGCGGAGAACCACCACCAUGUCUGCCAAGUCGUCCCUGCUGAAGGUGAUCCUGCUGGGGGACGGCGGUGUGGGAAAGAGUUCGCUUAUGAACCGCUACGUCACCAACAAGUUUGACAGCCACCUGUUCCACACCAUCGGUGUGGAGUUCCUCAACAAGGACCUGGAAGUGGACGGGCGCACGGUGACUCUGCAGAUUUGGGACACGGCGGGGCAGGAGCGGUUCCGGAGCCUGCGGACGCCGUUCUACCGCGGCUCCGACUGCUGCCUGCUCACGUACAGCGUCGACGACGGCCAGAGCUUCCGUAACCUCAACAACUGGAAGAAGGAGUUUGUGUACUACGCUGACGUGAAGGACCCGGAGGCCUUCCCGUUCGUGGUGCUGGGCAACAAAGUGGACGUGAGCGAGCGGCAGGUUUCGCGGGACGAGGCGCAGCAGUGGUGCCGCGACAACGGCGACUACGCCUACUACGAGACCAGCGCUAAAGACGCCACCAACGUCAGCGUCGCCUUCGAGGAGGCCGUGCGGAGGGUGCUGGCGACCGAGGAGCGGGCUGAUCACCUCAUCCCCACGGACACGGUCGACCUGCACAGGAAACCGCGCACCGGUGCCCCCUGCUGUUGACGGAAAACGGCACCGAAACGUUGACGGAAAAGAAAAAGAUAAAUAAAUAAACAGCGCCCCCUGCUGUUGACGUAAAACACAGCGUAACAAACUAAUCACAACGGCCGUUGAACAGGACGAGUCUCAGUUGUCUUUGAGGCUGUAUAAACUCUAGACAUGCACUUAACUCUUAAACACUGGGUUCGUACCACUGUAGACGCCUGGCUGAGUUCGUGAAGCUCCAGGUCGUGGAAAACAGACAUUUUCUCCUGUGCAAACUUUGAUAUAUUAAGCACUAUAUUCUAAUAUUGAGACUGAGAGUGAUGCAAUAAAUUUGUUUUAUGAGAGUGUAGCUUCCUAUAACGAUGAUUAACUUAACGCAGGCGCUGUCUUGGAGAGAGUUGUUUCUAACCUAUUAACAUUAUAGAAGCGUGUAGAGUGUGCCAAAUGUUGAGAUUCAUAAUUAUCUGUAUCACCACUGUUGAAUUGAAAUGUUUAUAAAAAGGUAGAGCACUUGAUUCUGAAUCUUAAUCAAAAGCACUAAAAUCUUAUUGAGUUACAUAAAUAAUUAAAUUGAAGCAGAAUUAAUGGAUAUUGUUUAUCUUUGAUUUUUGUGAUUUAAAAGGCAUCAGUAGUAGUUAUUCGGGACUUUUCAGAGCUAAAUUAAGUGUUUUAAUCUGAAAGGAAUUAACAUUAUUUAACAGUAAGCUGUGGAUGCUGCAUGGGCUGAGAGGGGAAGAUUAAAGUAGAAAUAACAA